AUGUCAGACCCCAUGAACAGCCCUGACGGUCACAAGCGCAAACGUGAACUCUCUGACGAUCUGGGGCACGAUCCACAGCGUAUGAACCGCUCAUCUCAUGGUAGUAACGGCAGUAUGGGCGACAACCAGCACAAUUUCGCCCAUUCACUUAAUUACGAACACGGUUUGCCCAAUACCGGUUCCGAGUUGAACAUCGAUCAGCAAAUUCUCCAACACGUCGGUCCUCAAAAUGGCAUGUCUGACGACAAUGCUCUCACGGCAAAGGCCGCCCUCGCAGCUCAUGCUCCCCAACACAAAUAUCCACCCCCUCCCGAUGCAGCCUUCGAUGCAAACAACCUAACAUCGGGCUUGUCAUUUGGAGAUGAUAUGGGCCAGCCACCAAUGGGGCCCUCGCAUACACAUAAUUCUACCGCUGCUGCUGUGUACGCCGCUCGCGAGGCGCAACAAAUGAACCAGAAGCCUACUGUCGGCUCUCCGGAAUGGCACCAAAUUAGAAAGAACAAUCACAAAGAAGUUGAACGUCGACGUCGUGAAGCUAUCAAUGAGGGUAUCAACCAGAUCGCCCGUAUCGUCCCCAAUUGUGAUAAAAACAAGGGUGCCAUACUACAACGGGCAAUCGAAUAUAUUUGUCAGCUUCAGGAUGAACGAAAGACCAUCGAGGAGCGGUUUGAGCAACACAGCCUCACAACGACUCACGCCAUCAACGAGAUUAGCGCAUCGAACUCUAAGCUGAAGGGAGAGGUUGCUCGCCGCAAUGGUAUGGCCUCGAAGUGGCUCCAGCGUUGUCGCGAUGCAGGCCUAGACUACGAUGAUUAUGAGGAGUCAAAAGAUUUGGAGAAUUUUGAGAUCGAGUAG